GUCAUCGGUAUGUAGCAUAGUGGCUUCCUGUGGUCGCUUGUUGGUGCGUCAUGUCGUAGAGAACGAAGAUGCUGGCCGUUGAUCUCACCUUCUUAGCAUUCGCACUCAGUCUGCUUCCAUGCGUCAUCCCUUCUCCCGACAAUUUCAGGCCGCACGGCCACUCAACCAGGAGAGAAAGGUACGGCGUCGACGUCGACCAUGACGACGCCCGUCACAUGCACAACGUCCCCGAUUCCGUGCGUCCUACAGAUGCCACCAAAGCCUGGCCAUGGGAUUAUGCAUCUGAUGAUCCUGACGAGGAGAGCGACGACCGUACUCAUGCGGCCGACUCUCCUUUCCGCUUCAACGUCUCUGUGACUCGUUUGUCUUGUCGAAAUGUCAAAAUCGUUGUGCGUCCGUCAACGGUCUCAACGAGCGUUCUUCGCUAUGUCCUUGCGUUCUGGCCGAAGAGGCGUCCGCAAGAGUGGAUGGAACGAUUCAGUGACGGUGGGCGACAUUGGGUGGUGACGGUGCCUAUUGCUGGUCUGCACGUUUUGCGGUCGACGGAGUGGGUUGUGAGGGUGACGGCUCUACUUGGAGAUGGUUCGAAUCGAGUGGUGAAUGCGUCGUUUAGGACACUGAAAAGAUGCGGGACGGAUGAUCAUUCCGCUAAAAAUACUUUGCAGCGUUGUUAUCCAAAAAUUACAGAGAAACUAUGGUCUCGUCAGACACUCUACGUAGCAUGGACGAAGUCGUGUGACGCAUCGGUGUUCGAUCGAUAUGCAGUUAACUAUAGAACUAACCACGACUAUCGGCAGAUGUAUGUCAGCAUCAACAACAACAGCGUAACAUUUAGGGACAUGAUUGAAGUUCCUUACGAGUUGUCAGUGGCGGGAGUCCAUUUGAUUGAACCAUUUCGAAAAGUGACAAGCGACAUAGUCUCUUUUUCUACUGGGCAUAUAGAUGUGUCAACAAUUCCUGUUGUAGUCACCACUCCUACUACUUCAGCUGGUGCAUCUUUUGUAACUAAGAUGGUGUCAUCUCGUGAUGGUCCUCAGAUGUCAAAUGAUGGGCUGUUGGUUGCUGUUAUUAUUCUUUCAAUAUUGUUUGUUUCAUCAGCGGUUGUGGCUCUCUAUCUUUGUUGCUAUCUGAGAAUACACAAACGGAAUUUGAGACUUGAAGCUGCUGGCCAGGAUAGCCAACAAACGCCAGGAAAUCUGGAUUCAAACGGUAAACAAGAUUUGAAAGUUAGAUCAGAGGAAGAACAGGCAACAGAGGGCAUUGAUGUGACAGCUAUGUAGGCGGUUAGACUAACUCUGUUUAGAUGUAAUGGAGGUAGAUUUUAGCUAUUUCGAUAUAUGACAAUGCAUCUAUGUUAGGAGGGUGACUUUACUCAUUUGAUUGUGUGUAUAGAAUAGGUUUAGUGUGAUGAUAUAAGUAAUAGAUAGUUCAAUGUGUGGA